GGUGCCCGGCGGGGCGGGGGCGGCUCCUCCUGCCGGGAAGGUGCCGGUGGCCGCCCCGCCGCCCGCCCCCCGCCGCCGCUCCGCCCCCGGGGCUGCCAGCGCUCGGGGCGGGCUCGCUCCCCGGCGGCAGGGGAGCGGGCGCGGGGCGCCGCAACUUCGGCAAGAUGAACGUGGAGAACCAGGAUGUGCUGCUGGAUCUGGAGGGGGAGGAGGAGGAGGAGGAAGAUGAUGAUAAUGAUGAUGGGGAGAUCGUCUUGGAACUGAACCAGGUGAUUAUUCCUACUUAUGGAACUGUGCCGGACCAGCAAAACCUUCAUACUCCUGAAUGGGUGGAUUUUGAUGAUAAGCCUGACUCCUUGUUCUUCAAAGAUGGGCAGCGAAGAAUUGACUUUGUUUUGGUGUAUGAAGAUGAAAGUAAAAAAAUGACUCAUAGGAGGAGUGAUCGUAAAAAGCAAAAGAGGAAGCGACAAGUAUACGAAUCAAACCUGAUAAACAAUGGCUUGCAACUAGAAGCGACGAGGUCGGUUGUGGAUGAGAAACUUAUAUUUGUGAAAGUGCAUGCACCUUGGGAAGUGCUGUGCACGUACGCCGAGGUUAUGCACAUCAAAAUGCCCCUGCAACACAAUGACCUGAAAACCCGAAAGUCAGCUUUCAACUGGUUCAGUAGACUCUUCAGGGUGGACGAAAAUAUCAUCAAACCUGAGCAAGAGUUUUUCACUGCCCCUUUUCAAAAGGAACAUUUGUCCAACUUCUACAUCCAAGACAAAGACACAUUUUUCAAUCCUGCAACUAGAAGCCGAAUUGUUCAUUUUAUCCUGUCCCGUGUGGAAUAUGCAACAAAAAAUAAUGUGAAAAAGUUUGGCAUUAACAAAUUACUGGACACUGGGAUCUACAAAGCAGCAUUUCCCCUUCAUGAUUCAAGUUUUAGGCACCUGUCGACUGAUCCCAGCUGCCCAAGUGAACGGUAUCUCCUCUACAGAGAAUGGGCUCAUCCUAAAAACAUUUUCAAACUGCAACCCCUGGAUUUCAUCAGGAAAUACUAUGGAGAGAAAAUUGGGAUCUACUUUGCUUGGCUGGGCUUUUACACAAAUAUGCUGACUGUGGCUGCGGUUGUAGGAGUUGGCUGUUUUCUGUAUGGAUUCCUGACAAAGGACAACUGCACGUGGAGCCAAGAAGUAUGUGACCCCAACAUAGGAGGUAAUAUCAUAAUGUGCCCUCAGUGUGAUCAAGCAUGUACCUACUGGAACCUCACCAUCACUUGUGAAUCAUCCAAGAAACUCUGUAUAUUUGAUAGCUAUGGAACACUGGUGUUUGCAGUAUUUAUGGGAAUAUGGGUUACCUUUUUCUUGGAGUUUUGGAAGCGACGGCAGGCUGAACUGGAGUAUGAAUGGGACACAGUUGAGUACUUAGAGCAAGAGGAGCAAGUUCGCCCAGAAUAUGAAGCUCGCUGCACUCAUGUAGUGAUGAAUGAAAUCACACAGCAAGAAGAACAUGUGCCAUACACUGCAUGUGGGAAGUGCAUGCGGAUGACUUUCUGUACAAGUGCCAUCUUCUUCUGGAUCCUUUUGAUUAUUGCUUCAGUUGUUGGAAUCAUUGUCUACAGGCUCUCCGUUUUCCUGGUGUUCUCUUCAAAGUUGUCACAGCACCUCAGUGGAACGGAGGCGAUCCGCAAGUACCUGACUCCGCAGACGGCCACAUCAGUAACCGCUUCCCUCAUCAGCUUUGUUGUCAUUAUGAUUCUCAACAUCAUCUAUGAAAAAGUGGCAAUCCUGAUCACUGACUUUGAACUUCCAAGGACACAGACUGAUUAUGAAAACAGUCUGACCACAAAGAUGUUCUUGUUCCAGUUUGUCAACUACUAUUCUUCAUGCUUCUACAUAGCCUUCUUUAAGGGUAAAUUUGUAGGUCACCCUGGAAGUCCAGUUUAUUGGCUAGGAAAGUAUCGCAAUGAAGAGUGUGAUCCAGGUGGAUGUCUCCUUGAGCUCACAACCCAGCUUGCCAUCAUAGUGGGAGGAAAAGCUAUCUGGAACAACAUUCAAGAAGUUCUUCUUCCUUUGGUCAAGAAUCUAAUUGGAAGAUAUUCUGCAGCUGCUAGAUCAGAAAAAGUUGUUCCACGUUGGGAACAUGAUUAUCACCUCCAACCCAUUGGAAAACUUGGACUAUUUUAUGAGUACCUUGAAAUGGUGAUACAGUUUGGCUUUGUGACCCUGUUUGUGGCGUCGUUCCCCCUGGCUCCUCUUCUGGCUCUAAUUAACAACAUGCUGGAAAUCCGGCUGGAUGCGUGGAAGCUGACAACCCAGUUCAGGCGCAUGGUUCCACAGAAGGCACAAGACAUUGGGGCCUGGCAACCCAUCCUGCAGGGCAUAGCCAUUCUGGCCGUGGUCACCAAUGCUUUGAUCAUUGCUUUUACAUCUGACAUGAUUCCUCGUCUGGUUUAUUACUGGUCCUUUUCGGUCCCUCCUUAUGGGAGUCACAGCACUCACACUAUGGAGGGGUAUAUAAACAGCACACUUUCUGUCUUCAAUAUAUCAGACUUCAAGAAUGCAAGCAAGCCUUCUUUCCCCUGGUUCGGGAACCAAACUACAUGCAGAUACCGGGAUCUCCGCUACCCUCCUGGUCACCAGCACCAAUAUGAGCACAACAUAUACUACUGGCAUGUCAUUGCUGCCAAGCUGGCUUUCAUCAUCGUCAUGGAGCAUGUAAUAUACUUUGUGAAGUUUGUUAUUUCAUACAUAAUUCCGGAUGUAUCACAGAAGACCAAGAGCAAGGUCAAACGAGAGAAGUACCUCACACAGAAACUAUUACACGAGAAUGAUCUCAAAGGUGUGAAAAAAACCAUGGGCAAAAUAGCUGACAAAAUCAUCAAAGGAGCAGACAGCACUUUCCGACCUAAAGAUGAAUAAGUACUUUUUCAUAUGGAAUAACAGGACUUGGACAACUUAUACCUGUCCAGAUAUUACUAAUAGCUAUCAAGCACUUUGGAUUUACUAAACAUUGUUUCUUGCAACUCUUACAUGCUCAUUUACCAGUUUCCCUUGGACAAAUGCAACCACUGCAACACAGAUAAGAGUUAUCAUUUUUUAACAGCUUUUUAGGACAUAUUAAAAAAAAAAAGGCAAAAAUUAUUUAUCCUCUUAAGAAGAUGCAGAUUAAUUCCCAAGCACCUAGGCUGCUUUCUACUUUUCUUAGGCAUCAGCUAUUAGAUAACUGGUCUAACUUCAAUAAACCUUAAGAACAAGAAUAAUUGGAUAUAAGAAUAUCAUCGCAUCCAAUGAAGGAGUUUUGACUGUCUGCUAACGCAGACCUCAGCUAUACAAUGAAGAGGAAAAGCCAAAACAUGAAGGAAAAAGAAAGAAAAUACAACUCAAAAUCCCACUUUUAAGCCAUUGGAAUUGACAUACUAAGCAUGGUUGUUUGCUACUCUGAAUUGGCUAUGCAUACUGAGACUUAAAUGGAUAACAAGAUAUUUCAAUUAAUCAUGGAUUGGAUCACAAGAAGCAACAGGACUGUAAGCCCAUCCUGUUCAUCAAUCUCUGUGUAAACAGGAGAAUUGCCUUUGAAAUCAAUGCAUACAAACUGACCUUACAGCACGCCAAGUGAGUAGAAACUCAGGCAUUUUAUCUUUCCCCAGUCAAUGUACUUUCAUUAGUUCACUCGCCCAUUCUGAGCUAAAUGCUCAUAGCCUUGAAGGUCUCCUACCUGUAAAAGCAAUAAGUGUUAAAAGUCUUUUCACAUGCCAAAUCAAUAUUUGUGGAGGGCUGUCUUUUGCAUUUCUCUCAGGCCAGAACAUGCUCUUCCCUGAGGUUUUGACAUAGGACAAAUGUGCAGCUGAACAUUUUGAUACAACAUUGCAUGAUAAAAUGAAUUCUGACAAGACUAUGAAUCUAUUGGAAUUGGAGAUUGGAAUAAACCAUUUAAUAGGCCUUAACCAUGCUGUGAAGCUUUGAAUAAUAUGGAAGGAUUUCAGAGGCGUGGAGGCAUGUGCUACAGCCAUCAGUCAUCUUCAAAUCAGGCUGCCAAUCUGCCUGCUUAUUUUGGCUCCAGCUGCAAACUGGGAAUUAGGGAAUUACAGAUUAGGCACAUAUGUGGAGGGUUAUUUUGUGCCUGAAGGAGUGAUAUUGCAGAUUAUUUACUUGCUUUCUCUUUUAACAGUUUUAAUGAACACAUUUAUAUCAAUUAUGAAAACCAAAACCUUUUAAAAAAAGAAAAAUAUGCCUGUGCUCUAUAAACCAGGUGGUUAUGUUUGUUAUUUUGUACUCUUCUUAAAUGCAAUAGAUAUGUAGAAUUUUUAGGCAGAUUAUUCAUAUAGCUUUUUAAGUAUGAAGUCCAUUUGCAGAAACUAAAUAGCAUUUGGAAGAUGCAUUUUAUCCAAUCAAUAAUCAGAAGGAAUUAAACCUAUGAAUUUUGCAGCAAAAUCUCCAAA